AUGCAAUAUGAAAACUCAGAACCACUAGCUCAAGAUUUUAAAUUUAUGGAGUUAACCUACGAGACAAAUUCAUUAGUGGUAGGAUCUACACAGUUUAUUAUAGGGCCACAGCCAUAUAUUAUGGAGUUGACCUCAGGGCCACAGCUCCAGGGAGUAAAGUCUAGACAAUUGGAUCCAGAGGCACAAUUACAAGGUAUGAAAUGUGUUAAUUUAAUCCAACAGCCAGAUUCCAGAGUGGUUGACUCUGAGAAAGUGAUACAAAAGCCUAUACUGAAAAAUAUGACAGAAGAGUUAAGUAAGAGGGCACAGCAUCAAGGCAUGAAACCGACUCAAGGGCCUUCACUGAAAACUGUCAGAUUUUCGAUGUUAUCUCCAAGUCCCUUACUCCAAGAAGAAAGACCUGCAGAUUUAAUUUCUGGGCCCCCUUAUCAUAAUGUGCAAUCUGAUGAAUUCACUCUAGGUUAUCCAGCACAAGAUAACAAAGUCUUUAUCCCAGAGCAAGGGUAUCAAAGUGUUACACCUGCACAGCAGACUUCAGAACCACAACCUCAAGAUAGGAACUUUAAUGAAAUAAGCUCAGGACCAUGCUUACAAAAUGUCAGAUUUUUUGAUUUGACCCCUGAACCAAAGCAUGAAAACAUUAAAAACACACCUUUUUUAAUAGAGACACCAUUUCAAGUUAUUGACUCUGUAGGGUUUGUAACAGAGGCCCCUUUUCAGUUAAGCCAAGAAAUCCCAGUUGGAGAUCUGAAAUCUAGUAUAUCUAUUGAAAGAUUACCAUCUCACAGCACAACAUCUAUUAAAUUGAUCUCAGAACUACAAGGUGUGAAAUCUGAGGACAUAUACUUAAGACCAAGGCAGGAAGAUGUUAAAUUUUCUGAAUUGACUUCAGGACCAAAACUUCAAGGUGUCAAAUUUAGGGAAGGAACCCAAGGAUCAGUGUUUCAUGAUGUGAACCCUAUGGAGGUGACUACAGAGUUUGGAUGUCAAGAUUCUAAGUUAGUGAAGACACUUCCUGGGCUUCAAGUUAAGAAACAAGUAGGAUUGAACACAAGGCCAUGGCUACAAGAUGUUAAAUUUUGUGAUCCAACAUCUGGAACUCAACCUCAAGUUACAAAACCUUCAGCAUUUAACUUAAGACCACAACUGCAAUGCGUGAAAUUUUUAGCAUCAACUUCAGAACCAAAAGCACAAGGAGUAAGAUCUAUAAAGUUGACCUCAGAACCUGAGCAAGAAGAAGUUAGGCCUGAGAUGUUAGUAUCAGAGCCACUGUCCCAAGGUGCAAAACAUAUAGAAGACCAAACAUCAAGUUUCAAAAGUAACAUUUCUUAUAAAUUAACCUCAGAGCAACCAAUACCUGAUGUAAAAUCUGUGGAGUUGACUCCUGUCCCCCAGUCACCAAAUGAUUAUGAGUUGAUAAGAUCACUAUUACAAGACUUUAAACCUUCUGAGUUGAUUCCAGGAGCACAGCUGCCAGAUGUAAAGUCUAUGGAGUGGGUGCCAGUCUCAGGACUUCAAGAUUUAAAACCUGAGAUGACCACAGAAUCACAGAUGGGAAAUGAAAAGUCUGCGGCUGUAACUCUAAGACAUUACCUAAGAGGUAUAAAAUCUUUGAUGUCAAACCAAGGCUCACAGCUAGGAAGUAAAUCUGCAGAGAUCAUCUCAAGACCACAGAGAGAUGUUCAACCUGUGAAAGUCACACCAGAUUCAAAGCUUCAAUGUGUGAAAUCUAAUGAGAGAGCAAAUUUAGAUUCAAAGACUCAGGAAUAUAAAACUCUAGAGUUGGCCCCAUAUAUACAACUACAAGAUAUGAAAAUUAUGGAACAAGACAUGAAAGCCAUAGAACCAAAACUUGGGCCAAAGAUGCAGGAUUAUGUGCCUUUUGUACCAGUGCAAUUGUUCCAAGCACCUCAAUUGCAAGUUGGGAAACUUGGUAAAUUGACUUCAGAGCCACAAAUUCCAGAAGUGAAAUCUAUGGAUAUUGCUUCCCAGGUAAACCUUCAAAGAGAAAAAUCUAUAUUGGAAACUAUAUAUAGUCCAGAUGCAAUGGUCCAAUCAAAUUCAGGGCCAAAAUCUGUGAAGAUGACCUCAAAGCAAAAGAAGCAGGAUACAGCCAGAAAACAAAUGCUUCCAGGAAUAAAAUACGUGGAUUUACCCCCCAUGCAACAGUUUCAAGAGAAGGCACCUGUGAAUUUAACUCCCGGGACAGAACAGAAUGUUGAGUUAUCUGCAGUCUCACCAGUGCAGCAACAUAUACAUUCAGAACAAAUGAAGAGAAGUUCUAAACCAAAAUAUAAUAAGUGUUUGUCUUUAAUUCAUCAACCAACAAUUAAAGGUAGAGAAUUAGUAAGCCACAACAGGCAGCUGAAAGAUAAAAAAUUACUUGAACCUACUUCAGAAUUAAAUACUGAGUGUGUAAAACCUAAAGAGGUCAAACCUGUUGAACCGCAGUUGCAAAGUCUAAAACCUCCCAAGUUGACCCAAGGACAACAGCUGCUCCAAGUGAAAGCCUUGGAGCCUUCUUCAGAGUCACCACCACCUCAAAGUGGGGUACCACUUGAAUCAGAAAAAGAGCCACAGCUUGAAAAUAUGAAAUGCAUUCAGUGGAUACCACAACCUGAAUUUCAGGGAGGAGAUUCUAUAGGGUUAAAUCUUAAGUCACAAUCUCAAGAUAUUGAAUCUGCAGAAUCAAAACCUUUGAUAUGGUUAAGGGAUGUGAAACCACCUAAGUUAACUCUUGGGUCAAAAAUUCAAGAUACAACAUAUAUGGGGCCACAGUUUCAGAGAGUGAAAACACCUGAGUUGUCCUCUGGACAACAGUUACAAAAAAGGAGACUUUUGGUGUCAUUCUCAGAACCACCACUUCAAGGUGUGAAAACUGUGGAGUUAAACCCAGAGCUUCAGAUGAGAAGUAUGGAAUCUACUAAGUGGAUUCCUUUACCAGGGUUUCAAGAGAUGAGAUCUCUGCUAGAUUUUGAGUCACAAUCUCAGAGUGUCAAACCUACAGAGUUGGAACAUUUGAUACAAUUAAGAAACAAGAAGUCAUCUCUGUUGACUCCAAGACCAAAGCUCCAAGGUACACAUCAUUCUGCAUCAUUCCAGGAAAAACUCUGUCGAAAAUUGAGGAGUACACAAUCAUGUGAUCUAAUGUCACAGUCAAAGCCUCAAGACAUAAAAUCCAUCUUGUUCCAACCUAGGUUUCCAUUGGACGAUGGGAAAUUUCUUGAGUUGAUCGUAAAACCACAUCUUCAAGUAGUGAAUCCUUUACAAUUCUACCCAGGAAUACAGUCUCAAGUUGUGAAGACCCCAGGGUGUUUACAAAGUGAUAAAGCUAUAAAGUCACACACCUCACCACAAUUUAAAAGUAUGACGUCACCUAAGCCAACUCUUCAGCAAAAACUUGAAGAUGUGAAAUCCGAGGUCAGUUCUGAACCACAGUGGCAAGGUCUACAAUCUUUGAAGUUGCCACUUGAGACAAAAUGCCAAGAUAAGAAAUGUACUGAGUUAAAACUCAGCUCACAGUUGCAAGACACACCAUUUUCUAACGUGGCCACAGGGAUCAAGAGUCCAGUUGUCAAAUCUACAGAUUUAAAUAUUGGGCUAUUGUUACAAAGUGUGAAAACUUCCGAAGGGACUUCAAGGGCAAAUCUUCAAGAUGUAAAACAUAAAGAAGGUAAACCCUAUAUACAAUGUCAAGUUAUGGAAUCCUCUGAGCUGAUCCCAGGACCAAAACUUCAAAAUAUGAAAUCAGUAAUAAACACUGAGGCACAACUACAAGGACUGAAAUCUCCUAAAUUAAUCUCAGACACAAAGUUUCAAGAUGCAGAAUCUGGAAAGUUCAAAUCUAGGCCACAGUCACAAGAUAAGAAAUCUGGGUUGACAAUGGAGCCAACGCUUCAAAAAAUGAAGUCAGUGGAUUGUAAGUCAGGCCCACAGUUGCAAGGUAUGAACUUUUCAAGCUUGAUUAAAGGAAUAAAGAUUCAUGAUGUAAAAUCUAAAAAGUGUACAGCUGACCCACAAGUGAAGGUUGUGAAAUCUUCUGAAGUUGUCCCAAGGGAAAAGUGUCAGUAUGUGAAGUCUUUUGAAAUUAUCCCAAGUGAAAUACCUCAAGGUGUGAAAUCUUUAGAAUUGAAUCCUAGUCCAAAAUUACAAGAUGAGAAGUCUUCUAAGUUAGCCCCUGGGAGGAAGUUUUCAGGUGUGGAAUCUGUAGGGUCACAGUCAGGCCCACAAUUAGAAAAAAGAGAGUGCUCUGACCUUAUCAUGGAUAUAAAACUUAAAAAUAUAAAGCCUACAGAUUUGAGAUCUAUACCACAAUAUCAAGGUAUGAAAUCAUCUGCAGUGAUCCCAGGAACAAAGACUCAAGCAGAGAAAUCUAUGUUCAACUCUGGAGUACAGACACAAAGUAAAAGAUUUUACCCACUGACAAAACUUCAAAGUAAGAAUUCUACAGAAGUAAAUCAUAACCCAGAAUUUCAGGCUGAAAAAUCCACUAAAUGUUCCUUGGGACCAAGGAUUCACAGCAUGAUAUCUUCUGAAGUAAAUGCUGAAAAUCAGGGGCAAGUUAAGAAAUCUUCUCAAUUGAAUCCAUGGCCAGAACUGCAAGGUGUAAAAUUUAUGACAUUCAAUAGAGAGCCACAAUUGCAACAUAUAAAAUCUUCUAAGUUAUGCAAAGAAACAAUACAUCAAGAUAAGAAAUCUAUAAAAUUAAAUCCUGAGCAGCAGUUCAAAAGUGGGACAUAUUAUGAAUUACUCUUGGGACCACAGUAUAGAAAGGAGAGAUUUUCAGAGUUAAACCCUGGGCCUUAUACAAAAAAUGAAUUGUACAUACAGUCAAAGCAUUCAGAUGAGCAAUUUCAAGGGCAGAAAUAUGAGACAAAGUGUCAAGGUGAAAAAUCCUCUGAACUGAACUCACAGUUUCCAGGUAUAAAUGUUUUGGCAUACAAAAUAGCGCCACUGCCACAAGGUGUAAAAUCUAAGCUGACUCCUAGGCCAUACCAACAAGAUAUAAAAUCUAAAAUGCCCUUCCCAGGAUCACAUUUUCAAGCUAAAAAUUCUUCUACACCAAUUCUAGAACCAAAACAUCAAUGUGUAAAUACUAGUGAAUGCAAUACUGGGCCAAACAAGCAAUGUCAUAAUGUUUCUGAAACAACUGCAAAUAUGGAAAUGCAAGGUAUCAAAUCUUCUAAGUUGAAUCCAGGGACAGAGAGAAAUUUAUGUCAAAGUGAGACAUCUACGGUGCUUGGUCCUGAGCCACAUUUUCCAGUUUGGAAAUCUCAAUUAACUACAGAGUCAAAGCCUUUAAGUGUAAUACCCAGAAAAUGCAGCCUUGGGCCACAGAUGCAGUGUAAUUCUCCUGAGUUGAAUCCAAGACCAAAUUCACAAGGUAUGAAUUCUAUAAGAUGGAAGCAACAGGUACCUUUACAAGAUAUAAAAUCUUUUGAGUUAACUUUAGGAACAAAAUUUCAAGACGCAGGAUGUGAAGUUAAUCCAGGGUUAGAGAUUCAAAGCAAGAAAUAUAUUCUGUCUGAUCCUGGAUCACAUUUGCAAGGUCUAAAAUCUCAGUUGAUUCCAGACUCCAAGCCUCUAGAUAGAGUACCCAGGAAAUGUACCCCUGGGCCACAGGGACCGUGUGUUAUUUCUCCUGAGUUGCUCCCAGGGACAAAAUUACAAUGUACAAAUUCUACUGGGUGCAGACAUGGACCACCCUCACAAAGUAUAAAAUGUUCUGACUUAACUUCAAGGACAAAAUUACAAGAUCCAGGGUUUAAGGUGAAUCCAGGGACAGAGACUGAAAGUGAGACACCUGUGGUAUUUCAUACUGAACCACAUUUACAAGGUCUAAAAUCUGAAUGUAUUUCAAACUCAAACUGUUUGCCGGGAGCAACCAAUGACUACAACCUUGAGCCACAGGUGCAAUAUGCAGAUUUUUCUAAACUGAAUGCAGGGCCAAAAGUACAUAAUGAACAUUAUACAGGGUGCAAAUAUGGGCCACCCUUUCAAAGUAUAAAUUUUUUUGAGUUGGCUUCAGGGACAAAAUAUAAAGAUAUGACAUCCUCUGAUUUGAAUCCCAAAUCAGAAUGUGAAGAUACAAAAUCUUCUAUAUUAAAUCCUCUACAAAACUUGCAUGAUAUAAAAUGUAAACUGACUCCAGGGACAAACUUUCAAGCAUUAGUGGAGUCCGACUCCAUAUCACAACUUCAAGGUAUGAAUUCUUGUAACUCUAAUUCAGGGUCAGGAUAUCAAUCCAUAAAUUCCAUUAACUUUAAUACAAGACCACAGAUGCAGGACCCAAAAUCCUAUGAUUUGAACUCUCGGCCAGAAUUUCAAGGUACAACAUCUAUUUUGCUUAAUUCUGGGCCACAUUUGCAAGGUGUAAAAUUUUCUGAACCAACUCCAUGUACAAACCUUUCAGAUCUACUUUUGAAGAACCAUCUUGGGUCACAACAGCAAGUUACCCAUUUUGUGCCCACUUCCGACCCUCAGUUAAAUGCUGUCAAUUUGAGGGCAUUUCUACCUGAGUCAUCACUUGAAGAUGAAAUUUCUGUGAGUAUGAAAAAGGAGGCAUUGCACUGUGGUGCAAAUUCUGUGAAAUUGGUUUCUGAUCCUAAGAAGCAGGACAAGAAAUGUGAGGUGUCUUCAUUAGAGCCAUGUUUUCAAAAAGUAGAAUCUGAGGAGUUAAAUCCACAACCACAUUCUCAAGGUAUAAAUUCUGCAGAAUUAUUGUCCCCGUUCAGGCAGCACAGUGUGAGGCCUGUGGUGCCUGGACUAGAGGGGAAUUCUUAUGUGAAAUCUCCGGGAUUGAAAGCAAGGCCACAACCUAAAGAGUUAAAUUCUAAGAAUUACUGCCUCAUGCAGAAGUCUACAGUAUUGGGAUCAGAGCCAUGUUCUCAAGAUUUGAGAUCUCUAAAGUCAAACCUAUGGUCACAACCUCAAAGCUCUUUAGGGUUGUCAUCAUGUCUCGGGUCACAGUAUGUUAAAUCUGACAUCUUUGUACCACAACCAUGUUUUCAAGAUGUAAAAUCUGUACAGUUGACGCCAGAGGCCCAACAGCAAGGUAUGAAUUGUCAAGAGUUGACUUCAGGCCGACAAGGUGUGAAAUCAAUACUAUUGGCACAAGAACCAAGUAAGAAGCUCAUACCAGCACCAAUUUUAACUAGUGUCAAACUUUCGAAUUUGUCUCCAGACUCACAGCAACAAGAUAUGACAUCUUUGGAACUUACUUCACAUCCAAAGUUACAAGAUAUAAAACAUGCAAAAUUUCCUUUUGUGUUUCUGCAGGAAACUCCAAAAUCUACAGCAUUAGCAACAGGGCCACAGCUUCAUAGAGUGAAAUUUGAGAAUCCAACUCCAAGAAUGAGUGAUCAAAUGACAGACUUCUCUGAGUUAAGCUCUAGGCCAGUGCAUCAAUUUGUAGAAUAUGCAGAGAUGAGCCCACAGCCACAGUAUCAAAUUCCCCAAUCUGUGAAUUUGAUUCCAUCAAUGUACCAAGUUACAGAAUCUUCAGAAAUAGCACAAAAGUUGGCACAUCAAAAUGCAAAAACUGUAGAGAAAUCUGUGGGGCUGACCCCAAAGCCUAUAGGUAAAGUCAUGGAAUCUUCAGGAAUGCCUCUGGAAAUAGAUGAGCCAGAAUUUGCAGACCUGACUUCAAGAGAUCAAUGCUCACAAUCUUUAGAAUUAACCCCAGAGAAAAGCCAUCAAAGUUCAGAAACCCUGGGUUUAACCUCUCAGUCAUGGCCUACAGUUAAAGAAUUAGGAGAGUUACAUAUAAAGCAACUGAAACAAGAUGCAAAAUCUAAAGAGAUUAUUCCAGAACUCAAGCAUCACCUUACAGAACCUAUAAAGUUGAUCCCGGAGGCAAGAUCACAAAGGGAGGGAUUCUCUGGGAUGAUGCGGGAGCCACAGUCAAUAAGUAAAGCCACUGGCCAUGCAAAAAAAUCUCCAGCCCCCUGUUCUCAAGCUCUAGAACCUGUAGAGAUAAUUCCUGAGAAAAGACCAUACAGGCAAGAAUAUGUAGCUCUGAUCACAAAAUCAACAUCUUCUGUCACAGAAUCUUCAGAGAUGACACAAGAUGAAAAUGUAGAAUUGACUUCUGAGACAGGGCCACAGGUAGAGAGAUCUAUAAAAUUGACAGGAAUACCACAGCAAAAAGUGGAAUAUUCAAGAUUAGGACAUCAAGUGCCAGAAUCUGUGUAUUUAACUUCUAAGCAAUGUAGUCAAGGGGAGGAAUCUUUAGCGUUGCCGCCAAAAGAAACAGGUCAAUGUGAGAGGCAUGGACAAUGUGGAAAGGAAACUUCUGAGAAAUGGCAGCAAGGGGAAAGAUCAAAGUGGCUAACACAGUUAGAGAAGGAAAAUAUGAACUACUCAGAAAUAGCUCCAGGAGAGCUAGGUGAAAUGAUAAAAUUUAAGAGGAUUAGUCCCAAACCACUAGAUCAAAUCAAUCAACCUACAAAGACACAACUUCAAGUUGCUCGAUCAACAGGGGUAACCUCAGCAGCCACCUCCAAACUUGAAUCUGUGAAAGGGACACCUGGACCACCAGUUGAAGUUGGGAAGUCUGUGACCUUACCACCAGGGUUAUUUUCUCAAAUGGCAGAUUAUAUUGAAUCUAUUUCACAACCCCAGGAUAUGAAAUCAUCAGAGUUUAUCUCAGGUAUAUGGCAGCAAAAUAAGAAACCAAAGAAAUUAAUUUCAGAGCCAACACAUCAAAUUGUGGAAACAAUUGAGAUGGCAGGGUUUCAAGUUGUAAAGACUGUGUUAUUCCCAGGACGACCAUUUCAAAUAGUAAAAUCUGAAAAAUUAAUACCAGGACCAAUUCCUCAGGUUGCAGAACCAAUAGGAAUAGCUCUGAGUUUGGGACCUUGUUUUGAUUUACUCACAAUGAAACAUUUCCAAGAACCAGCAGAACCUGUAGAAUUAACUCCGAGGCCAAAUACUGAAGUAAAAUCUACAGAAUUUACUUCAAAGACAGCAUCUCCAUUCAUGGAGCCGAAAGGGUUAACUCAUGAAAAAAAGCUUCAAACCUUAAAAUCUAGAAGUGAAAAAGCAGGGCCUUCUCAAGUCAUGGAAUCUAAGGAUUUGAUUCUAGACCAGUUGUAUCUGAAUAGGGAAUCUGAGGAGUUACCAUCAUUGGGAGAAUUCGAAGAAGAGAAAUAUUUCCCUAAGUUUCUAUGCAGCUCUUCAAAUUCACUCAUCUCCAGUACUGUCAAAACAUCAUCUGAAUUAGGAUGCCUUUGGGAUAUGGAAAUGCCAGAAGUAUUGAGAAGUUUGGAAACAAAAAAUCUAGACUCUAUUAUGAGACCACUUUCAACCCAUUCCCUGGCUAUUCAUAACCAGCCGCUUCUUAACAUAUUUAACAUUGUAAAAAACACUCAUUGUGAAGUCCUAGGAAAGGACAUGAUAUCCAAGAUGAGGGAGCAAGUGGAGGAGCUGAAAAACUCAUCCAAGAGCCUCUCCCAACGUUUUCCAAAAGACUGGAGGUCACCAUGUAGGACCUUCCAGAAAAGAUCAGGUGCCCGAAGAAGCAUUCCCUGUUCUGUUUUGCGCAGACAACAGAAUGUCUGGGAGAGUCACUCCUGGAGGCAGCGACUACCUAGAAAAUAUCUCUCCAAUAUGCUAAUGCUAGGAAAUGUAUUACAAACCAAUGUGGAAAGGAAACUUUGUUCUCAAUCACAAUUGAGAGAAAGAGCAGAUACUCAUCAAUCUAUUCAGAAUGUAUUUGGGGUUCCGCCUGAGCUGAUGGAAUUUUCCCAGAGUCUACCAGAGAAGGGUCAAAGUGCUAUUUCUCAACCCUCAGUGGGCAAAAACUACAUUCAGAGGAAUACUUUAUUCCACGGUACUGAGAAAAGAAUGACCCUAAGGAUGUGGACACGCCAAUCUAUGUCCUCCAUUAUACAGCAAUACUCUGGAGCUAGAAUAAGAAUAAAGAAAAUAAGUAAGUUUAGUUAUAUAUCCCAUGACUUAUAUGAUCACAUGACUGGUUCAUAUAACACAGAGGCUCAGCUUCCUGUCCCUCUCAAUACAUGUUUGGCUAAAGAUCCUGUUCCAGUAGAAGAGAGUGAGAACUCACAGAGUGAGUUUCAACACUCCCACAGGCCAAAUUAUACUUCUCAGGACAAAACUGUCUUCUCUGAACAGUCAUAUUUGCUACAAGAGCUACAGCUGAAAAUAGCAGCAAAACUAUUAAGGAGCCAAGUACCUCCCAAUGUUCCCCCACCUCUAACUUCAGGUCUGGUCCUAAAAUACCCUCUCUGUUUAAAGUGUGGUCGAUGUUCAGGAUUUAAUUGCUGUCAUAAACUACAGGCCUCUUUUGGGCCUUACCUUCUUAUUUAUCCACAGAUCCACCUUGUAAGGACUCCUGAGGGCCAUGGAGAGAUUAGGUUACAUCUUGGCUUUAGGUUACGAACUGGAAAAAGACCCCAAGUCCCAAAGUAUCAAAGAAGAGACAGACCUGUUACACCAAAGAGCUCUGUAUCUUUACCACUAAAGAAAACUAAAAUUUAUACUCAAGUCUCCAGGAGUCCAACUUCAACAUUAGAUUUAGAAUCUGGGUCUUCUCAGUCCCCUUUACAAGACCACAUUAGGCAGAGGUCAUACAGUAGUUGUGACUUAGUAGAAAAGACAGAUAUCGGUGAGUUUAGCCACUAUGAAGUCACCGAAGUUCACCGUCUACCAGACACUGACUCUGAAAGCAACCAGGAUGAAAAUUGGGCAAUAGUGAGAAGAAAUAAGCCAAAACAUUUAAAUAAGAGAAUCACCAAAGGAGAUAGAACACCAAGCACAAAGUUCUAUACAAAAGGCAGAGAGUCCUGUAGGGAAUUACCCACACACUUAAAAAGGAAGAAGAGUAGCGUGUCUCGGACAACGACUGACCUUUUAGAAAGACAACCUAAGAAACCCAGCCAACCCAAACUCAUUCAACUACUUUCUCAGAGCAUAAAACAGGCAUUCCAAAGAGCAUACAACAUUAUGACUUCUGUUGCAGAGAAGUCUGAGGACGGAACAAGGUUGGAUGAUAUAAGUGUGGGCAAAAGCUACCAGCCAAAGCAAAAAGGUGAAAGCCUAUCAAGAGACAGGAUGUCAGUUGUCAAGCCAAAUCAAAGAGGCUCCAUCACUAAACAAAAGAGCCCUUCAUGGGAUAGAACAGAACAAUUCGUAUCAUCUCAACCACCAAAAAGAGCUCAGUCUUUCCAACUCAAGCUUACCCACCUACCCAAUUCCAAAGUUCCCCAAAGAAGUUCUACACAUCAUACUAGAAGAAUCAGAAGCCGUCAGGGUGUGGUUCAAAAUGACAGUAGCACCAAAGUUUGGAAAAACUACAAAAAUGAAACAUCUAGUUAUGAGUCCAAGAAUUCCAAAAUGGGAAACACAGCUCAGGCCGGUGGAAGAGUGGUACAUGAUUCCUCUAUGAAAGGAACCUCAUCUAUUCACCCUAAAGUAAAAUACAUACAGUCAAAGAAUCCAUAUCAUUCCUUUGGGAGGACCCAGUACAGUGCCUCUGAGAAAAGUCAUCUUGGUUCAUCUCAGAGAAGUCGCAGUCUCUCUGAGAAGAGCCAUGGCAGCAACUCUGAGAAGAGCCAUCUAGGUCCCCCUUCCAGGAACCAUCCGGGUGGCUCUCAGAGGAGUCAUCCAAGUCCCUCUGAGAGGAAAUGUCGCAGUCCUUCUGAGAGGAGAUGUCGAAGUUCUUCUGAGAAGAGAUUCCAGAGUCUCUCUGAGAGAGGUUAUCCACACCUCUCUGAGAGGAAACGCCACAGACCCUUUGACAAGAUCCAUCACACUCCCUUGGAGAAAGCCCGUCUUACUCCUAAGGGCCAUCACAGUUCCUCUGACAGGAGCCAUAGUGUUCCCUCAGAGCAAACCCAUCCUACCCCUUUUGAGAAAAGCCAUCCCAGUCCUCCUGAGAAGAGACAUCAAAGUCCCUCAGGGAAAACACAUCCCAGUCCUUCUGAGAAGAGCCACCCCAGUCCCUCAGAGAAAUACCACUCUAGGUCUUCUGGGAGGAACCAAGGCAGCCCUUCUGGGAAAAUCCACCCCAGACCCCAAGCCCACCCCUGGAUCCACCUCAGUCAUGGCAGGUUCCCUGAGAGGAGAGCAUCCAUCCACUCUGAGAGGGACCACAGUUCCCCUGAGGAGGAUCUCAAGCACUGUUCCCUUGGCGAGAGGCCCAGGCACAGCGUCGUAGAAGAAGACACCAACAACUACCCAAAAAUGUCGUCUCGGGGCCACACCCAGAACCCCCUAAACAAGGCACAUUUGGAGGCCAGAAGCUAGCUGGGCCCGGAGGUGUCACGGACCCCUCAAGUCUUCACUGAACUGCCCUUUCCCGGCCUCUUUUCCUGCUCCACCGCCUCCAUUUCCCUCCGACUGGAGC